CCUAGGUCUAUGGGUAGAUCCCCGGUUCCUUAAGCAAAUCCAAGUCCUUGUUCCUGGCGGAUCCGCCAGCUCCGGAAAGACACCCCCAUCCGGCGGAAUGCCCGCUGUCCGUCACCCGGACGGUCGCGCCACUCGACAUGCACCGCAACCAAGCACAAGAGACGGUCUCCAAGCAGCGACGAACAUGUCAUGAGGUUCCAACAGCUUUUUGCCCAAAGAGCAUCACAGAUGCAAAACAUGUGUCAGCUGUAAAGAACUGUGUGUCCAGGAGCGACAUCGUGACGAUCCCAAACACCUGCCGUGGGUCCGUUCCUUCUACCUGUCGACCAGACGCGGCAUUGGUUGCAUCCGUUGGUGGGUCCGUUCCAAAGAUGGCCGAUGCAGUUGAGCCAUUGGCACAAGAAGUCUUUAAGCAGAGGCGGGGUACUUCAAGGAGGAGCGGUGAAGAGCGGGCAAAGGUCUGACGAGUCCCAUGCCUCUUACUUCAGGCGACCCGGUCGCCGACCCCCUGGUCAGAGGUUGUACGAACUGGCCAAGGAGAAUGAGAACAAACCGGUGGAGGCCAAGCCCGAGGCCGUGACCAGCGGCGAUACCGUGCUGGAGGGCAUGCUGAACGAUUUGCUGGCGGCACUGCGCAAGGAGCAGCCCCAGGAUCCGCUCUCCAAGGAGAAGGUCGACCAGGCGACGGCGGCGGCCGAAGCAGAGGUGAAGAAGACUGAGACCGUCCCCAGCCCCACGAGCACCACAGGUCCUCUCGUUGCAGCCGAGCCUGACCAACCGAAGGCUGGCUAUGGCGGCCCUUCAGCAGGCCUUUUGGCGGCUGUGCAACGAGCGAGCGAGAUGAUCAAAGGCGUUUCGGGGAGAGCCUGGUCCGGAGUCAUGGCUUCCCAUAGACGGCCCUAGACAUCGAUAUCUCUCGACAGCCCUCCCUUGGACUUGGAGUGCAGAGUUCCAUUUUCUUUGCAGGCACGUGGUGACCAAUGGGUGGGAUGUCGAGUCCGUGUGGAGAGUCCAAAUUCUAAAAAAUCCGAGUCAGAAGGAGGCCAGUUGAAGAUUGUACAGGUGAAGACUCCACUGACUACAGUCACAUAUCCAUAUCCUCCACUGAAUCAGUGGAAGAAUCCUCUCGUCAAUGUGAGGCCACGAAGUCCACUUCGUGACACCUUCAAGCCACCGAUGUCCAGCUUAGCUCGAGCCAGGAGAGUCUUCCUAAAACGCUGCUGUACGGGGUGGAAGGUGAGGAGCCUCACCCAGUGACGAACCUGAACUGCACGGAAUGUCACGGGGCGAAUCGGCCCCGUCGUCGCGCGAGAGAACCAUGUCCGUCGUGCGAUCGCCAAAA